AUGAUAUGGGGCAAGAAAGGAAAUGGCUGCAUAAGACGAAUUACAGAUGAUGAUAUACAAACACUCGUCUUCGAGAUCACUGCCGUUCACUUUUGCGCCACAUGCAUUUACAUACCCAAUAAUCCUAGAAAGGCCCUUGGAAUACGAUUACCUAAUUUGACACUCUUGGUUAAGUACUUAAAGCUUCCUUUCUGCAUUGAGUUUGAAGUAUUAGACAGCAAAAAUACCAAGAGAAGAUUUCGUGCCAGCAACUGUCAAUCUACAACAAAGGUUACGCCCUUAUUAUGCCACAUGCCAAUGGCUCUAGAUGAUGGAUGGAACAGACUUCAGAUCGAUCUCCCACGUUUCGUUCAAAAUGCAUACAAAACUGAUUUCGUUGAAUGUUUGGGUAUACAGAUUUAUGCAAACUGUCGACUCCGGGCUGUGUACUUUUCUGAUCGGUGGUAUGAAGAAGAAGAAACUCCAUCCAUACUUCGCAUGUUGAACCCCAGUGCAAAAACAAUAUCGCGACUUGAGAAAAUUCAAAAAAUUGCUCGAUCACAUGAACGAAAAUAA